AUGAAGUCUUUCAGAAACUUGUCUUCUCCAACUUUGUGUUUAAGUAUCCUGCUGGCUGGGUGUCUGCUGUCUACAGGUUAGGAUUUCAUACAUUUAAAAGUCCUCUUAACUUUUCAAAGACAACAACUCCCAUAAACAUUCCCGGAUGCAUAACUGUGCGUGAUACUGGCUGUUUUUAUGGUGUAAAUUAUUUUAUUGUGUCUUGUUUUGUUUGUGUUUUUAAUCACGUGUAUAAUGGGAAAAUGAGAAUGACUAAUCUACCUGUUUCCUUUUUACAUGUGUUUUCUUUAGCUUCCCCAGACAAUCACAGUCUAUGGGGUAAGAAAAUAACCUUCAUGGGUCGCCAGUGUUUGUGGCAGCUAGACCCAAGCAUCGAGGUACCAGCCCUGGAGGAGCUGAGUGUAUGUGUGCGUUUACGAUUCACAACUUUAACAGAAUGGACCGGUUUUGUUUACAAAGCUCCAUGGGGAAGAAGCAUAGAGCUUGGACUUCAGGGCACAGGUGAAAAGCUGUCGGUGUUUCUUUUUGGAGAAGAGGUCUCCUUUGAAAAGAAACUGAAAUCAGACAAAUGGUACUCUGCUUGUAUCACAUGGUCUGGCCAAGCUCAGAUGCUUCACGUCUACAUAAACGGAGACAGUGAGCUUAAGGCUCAUGUGGAUCACUCCUCAUCCCGACAUCUGACCCCUAAUGGCACCCUGACUCUGGGAGCAUCUCAUUUUGUCUCGGUGGACGGUACGGUGAAAAAGGAGGAUGGGAAGGAUCUGUUGGGUGAGAUCGGUCUGUUCAGGAUGUGGGCCAGAGAAUGGAGUUCUGAGGACAUAAAAGGAGAGAGCUGUGCUGAUGGAGACGUGGUGAGCUGGGAUCUGCGGCAGUGGAAAACCACAUGCCCUACUGAUCCUGAUAGCAGCCUACAUUGUGGUAAGCACAGUAUUAAUGGACUUCAAUUGCAUUCCAUGGUUGUCCACAUUUGAAAAUUAAUUAGUCUCAGAUUUUUCUCACCUAUUCACACAAAGUAGCAGCUGCAGUUGUUGCCGCUUAAUGUCAAAGAUCAGAACAAUAUUAAACAGCUGAUGAGUCUAAUGGUUUCCCAUAUUUUCAGCAUGGUCACACUACAAAAUCAAAAUGCUGACAUUCAUGGAUCUUUCACUGAGGGCUGAAAAUUGUUCGGUGCCACUUGAGGGAGUUACAAGGAAAUGGGUACGUGGACACGGUGAAGCUGUUAAUGAAAUCUGGCAGCCAGGGAUGCAAAACAAACAUUGAGAUCAACUUGAUUUAUCUUUGUUGUCAUCUCUUAUCAGCUGGAGAGCGCUUUGCCUCCUUACACUACCGUCCGUGAAAUCUCUGUGUCAUCUCCAAGGUAACGUCUUUUUUGUUUGCAAAAUACAUCUCGAGGCUGGCAGCAGGAGGGAGUGUUUAGACAGAGCCAAAAUUGAUGAUUUGAACCUCUGGGUGUAAAUGAAGACUGUCCAUUUCCUUCUGUUACAAAACAGCCCCUGCCAAAGGGGAGACACAUGAAGCAAGAGUUAGCUAGUUAAGCCAUCGAAUAGUUCCCCUUCCUCUUCUCUUAACCGACUCAAUUGACUUACCUUUAAAACAUAAAAAGCUUCUUCAUGGUCAAACAGCAUCUUGGACCAAUUAUAAGUGUCCUAGGUCAGGGGCGGAACUGAAGUGAGACAUGUAGACCAGUCUGGUGGGUUUCCCACCCAUAUACCACCAUAACAGCAUCAUCCCUGCUGCCCGGGAUCGGGUAGCUAGCUGACUAAGUAGUUUAAAAAGCUAGCCUCAAGUAUCUUAACUACCAUCACCAACAUUUUAAAUAUAAUCUAAUUUUGGACAUCUCUGCCUUUGAAAGAUGCAGCCCUUAAAUUGGGACAUAGCUGUUGUUAGUUAAAAGAUUCUUGUGCUGUUGUUUGCGGCAUCUGUUUUGCACUCAGUGCCAAAUAAAAAGCACUUGCCAACACAAGCAUAACACAAACUUGCGAUGACAGUAACAACGUUUGAAAAAAUGUCUUGAUGUGAUUUUUAAUUUUGGAACACAAUUUUUAAAGUGUCAUCGGUCCAAGUCCAAGCUGUCAACAUCAAGAGGUGGAGCUAGUGAACAUUAUUGUCAGUUAUUUUGGGGGGUACUAUCAUGUCAUCCAUCUUUUUGUACAGUCUACAAGGAGAAAAAAUAUGAAGGUUUCGCAGUUUAUGUAUUUCAAUCUGUGAUAUUAGAAGUAACCAAAGCCUUGAAAUAUAUGUGUAGGAGAGUCCAACACAGUGUAAUUUAAAGACAAUUAUCUGAAAUUCCUUGUAAAAUGCUUCAGAACUUAACAGAGUUAUUCUCCACCUCUGUUUACUGGGUUUCCAUCAAGGUCAAAUACUGUAGUGCGUGUAUAUGCUGUGAGUAAUAGAGGUGACCGGUACAUACUCGGUCUUGCCGGCGGUAUCAAUCCCUGUCUGCAUUCCUGUCUGUAAUUUCUGUUAUCUGUGUUUCCAUACAGCCGAAGCUGCCCUGUGGUUAAUAAUUCUGCAGCCCUGCAUGUGCAACAGCCUCAGGUACACCUCUGAUUGUCCUCAGUUUGAUUUUCCAUGAAAAGAAGAGGCAAUAUCCUCAAAAGGACAGCUCAUUAAAAGCCUGAAUGAACUUUCCAAAGAAAUUGGUGCCAUAUGUUAGCACUGAGAUCAGUUCAGAGGCAAGGUGUUUGUGAAUCGUAGUAAGAAAGUUUGGAUAAGUACAAUGACUCAACCCUUUACAUCAAUUUACAACUCACCUGUGUGUUUCAGGGACCAUGGACGUCAUUUGCCUGUGAAAAGUGGUGAGUCACAAAGUAUAAAAGUAGGCUGGUGUUUUCCAACUCAGACUCAGUAAACAUAAAUAAAUAAUUUGUGUCGAUUUCAAUCAUCCAAAGUUUUAGCUGUGAAGCCGUCAUAGAUGUGAAUCCUGCCGCUGAUGUAGACGUGGUUCAAGCAGACGUAAUUGCACGACUGAGUGAAACGUUUUCCCCUGACAACCUCAACCUGACUGCUGAUCGUCAUAGCAUCACUGUUCUACCUGUAGGUACGUUCGUUUGAGUCUUUAGUCAUCUCAUUUUUAGGGGACUUCUGCUGCUGUCAAAGAUUUCAAUAGUAUUGUUCAGAAAAAAAGGUCUUUGGUUUGAUUGUCAAUAUUUGUUUGGUUCUGGUGUUUUGCAAAGCAGACUCUUGGUUUAUUUGAAAAUGUACUCUUGAGGCAUGUAGAUGAGGAAAUCCAUUUAAGUGGUUAAAGUUGUCUUGCACUUUCACUAUAAAUGUUUAGUUAAUGGAUUUAUACCUUGAUGGAGAUACACUGACAAAAAAUAGAUACGAUAACUAAUAUUGGACAUCUGCAGAAUAGAGAAGACAUUUCUCUGUUUCCAGAAAUACCUAACAGUUAAUUCAUCAGAGAAUAAAAUCCUUGGUUGAUUUACCUAUUGGGAUGUGAUUUUACACUUAAUUGCCAUUUUUUAAAUUGUUAUCAAUGGUUCAUUUUAUAUUAUUUCAGAAUCAUUUCCUGAAGAGUCAGAACCAGCUCCAACUAUCGGCACCCACACAACUACAUCAGGUGAGCAUACAAAGAAGAAUACCACUUAAUAUCAUGUGUAGUCUACAGUAUACUGGUGCUUAUUAAAAUAUACAUUUAAGAGUGCUGAUAAAUCAGCUUAUCUGUAAUGGAAGUGUCGAUUCUUUUUAAUGGAUCUAAAACAUUGUCCUCAUGUUGCUUAUCGGGACCUUUUUGUGUAAAUGUUGUCAUUUGUUCAGCAGUAACAGGUCCAACUCAAAGUCUGCAAACUCCCCCCAGCAACAUGUCAACAACUGGAGGGCCUCUAGAUCUCAAUGAAACCACCAGUAAGUUUACUAAACUACAGGAAUGAAUCCCUGUCUGUCUGCUCUUUCACGAUUCAGCUAAUUUGUGUUCCCUGAGGCAAAACUUUUAGCAUAUUCUGAGAAAUCACAAUAAGGUAAUGUAAGACAAGGGUAACUUAGGCCUUUACCUUUAAGGUAGUCAAAUAACAUUUUAACUGUGUGUGGAAUCGAGAGGCAGUUUGUUAUACACAACAAUAUUUUUAUGAAACUUAAAUCUGUAUUCACAGGGAUUCCAAAGCCAUCUGGUAAUAUUUUGAUGUUCCCGUAUUGAUUUGAAGAAUUUUACUGACUUACUUAUUCCAUCAUCUUUGUACAUAUUACAUGGCAUUUCCCCGUUGUGUAAAAAGUACUCAGUGAAUAAGUCUUCAUCUCUGAUGGCUGGUGCAGUUUUAUUCUCAGAGGGCUAUGACAAAUGCUGAAUAUACAUACUACAUAUGGUAUAGAAGGUCUAACAGGUAUUUCAGCACUAACUAAACACCCUUUAUUUGAAUGGCUGAGCUGACUAAACUUUUGCAUUUGUGUUGAUUUUACUUUAUGCUGACUUUACAUUUGAGCAAUAGAGAUUCAGGCUUUCAGCUUCUUGGCCAAUAACCACAAUAUACCAACCUCAGCUGUCCCCUCAUACAGAGGGGGAUUUUUCCAUUAAAAUAGGCUAUUAAGCAUGAAUUGAUGGAGAUUCAUCCACUUUUAAAGCCCCCCGACUGCAAUUUUUGCACAUCAACAACGGCGUCAUUUUCUUUCAAUUGCUGAUGUUGCUGCUUGAGCACAACGAAGUCUUUAUGUCUCAGUUCACAUGACAUACCUUAGACGUCUGACUGUUAAACAAUGAUUCGUCUUGACUUUGGGGUACUUUACCAUACUUCAAGAGGCCCCUACUGCUUGUAUUGAAGACAAAUGAAUGCAUGUGUGCAACUUAUAACAAGAGUCAUUGGAGACCUGAAAAAUCAAGGCCAAUUAAUAACAAAACGUCAAGGAAAAUGUUUAUUAUUAUUAUUAUUUUUAAAAUUUCAGAUGACAUGAUAUCUACCUUCAUCUUCGUUUGAAUAGAUUUUCAAAUAUCACUUCAAUGAGUAAAAGAUUUUUAGUUUUCUCAUUGGGCACACCCUGUACCAAUCAACCAUCAUGGGUCUUAAUUCCAAGAGUUGCAGCUUUUAGGGUUGCACCCGAUACUUAAACAUACUUUGGCAGACCAAAGUGCAGACUUAGCAAAAGGAAGCUGUUAAACAAAAGACAGAAAUUUCAACAAACUUAUUUCACAAAGUAAAAAAAACUUAAUAUAAGUCUAACAUCGGGAAAACAGAAGAAAGCUAAGGUAGGAGUGGAAGUGGGGAAAGGUACACAGAGUGACGAACACGUGACAAACUGACACCAAAGGACCAAAGGACUAGCUACAGGUGGGACACUAGACUCAGGUGAAAUGACUGAUAGUAAUCAGAAAUGGAAGGAAAACACAGGAAGUAACUGGACUAGACACACAAAGAUUAAAUACUACAAAAUAAAAAACAGGAAACACUGAUAACUGAACUUAAUAACAAACCAGUGAAAACAGGAACAUGAGUAUAAUGAACACACUGGGAAGAGGAACACAAGGGGAAAAUACACAGAGAGUGAUAUUUAAUACAAAACAACUAAAAAAACAAGAGCUCAUCAUAACCGAUUCGAUGAUUAAAAGACAAUUGAAAACUCAGAUUUACUCUUUCAGCGACUGUAAUGUCAAAGUCCUGAUUUUGUCCUCUCUUUGUUGUAGUUGGGCCUGACAUAUUCUUCAAAGUUAAUCUGACCUUGAGUUUAACUGGCAGCCCUACAAAUACGGGUCCUGUUAUUACGAAAUGGGUAAGAGACACUCACUGAAACACUUUAUGUUGUACUGAAAAUAUGUGUACACUGAGUUAUUCUUCUGGGUCUGCAGCUGAAGGAGCGGCUAGAGGUGAAUAACACCAUGAUUAUACUGAAUCUCAUCAUAAAGGGGGGAGAUAGCAGGUAGGAAAGCACUGAUACUGAAUAAUGAAUUCACUUUGUCUGACCACUGCAGCUCAAACUGAUGUAACUCCAAAUUUUGUGUUUCCUCUGCAGAUAUAACUGUAUCUUCCAUGUUCAGGAAUACAACAUUAACAGUGUGGAAGUAACUGAAACUCUUAUUAAUGUGGCACUGACAUCAAAGUAUGAAGGUGACUCGUAUAUUAUUCAAACUACAAGUCUGAGUCUCAAGCAUAUAGGUAAGCCGACUUUUCUUGAACAAUAAAAAAAUAAAGGCUAAGUCUGAUUAUGAGAUUAGACUGAGCAACAGGCUGUGUAUUUUUUUUCAGAACCUGAAAACUGUUUAGAGGAAACUACUUCAACAGUAUAUGGUGAAUACAUCUGGCCUGAAGCCUUUCCUCAAGUCAUGGGAGAAAUGGCAUGCAGAAAGCCUCUAUCAGAAAGAGCCUACAGGCUUUGGUAAGACAUUAACUCCCAUUUACUCAACUGAUUUCCAUUUGACCAGAAGCAAUGACAAUGAAUGGUCAGAGAGCUAUUAAUGGCAUAAACACAAAAGAAACCAAGGCAGUACUUACAAAACGUACAAAACGAUGGCUUUGACCUCACUAGGUGGUCAUGGGCUUAGCUUUGUUUUUAAUAAAGUCAAUAUGAUGGUUGUAAAUUUUAAUAAACUAAAUAAAUCGGUUAAAAUGGGUAUUAAAAAAGAAAUGUAUACCUUCUUAUGAUAAAAUAAAGUGAUUAUUCAAAUAAAGAAAUGAGAUCCUUCAAACAAAAACAGCAUUAAAUUAUUGUUUUUUUAAAGAUUAAUGGAUGAACUGUAAAACUGGAUGAAUUAAAAACACCAAGGAUUACUGAAGGUUAAGAGGAAGCUGUAUAAUGAUUUAAUAACGACUCUGGGAGAAAGAGUGGGAUUGAAUAAGCGUGUUCUUCCCACUCCUUUUUGAACAUGAUUGCCAAAUAAUGGAGUGCGUAAUCAUCUUGUGUUGCACUUUUCUAUCUAUUUAGUGAGAUAUUAUGUUUUGUUGGACCAUUUUUCUUUUUAAAUCACAUGUUUGCAAUGAAAUCGAGUCAAUAAAAGAGUAAUAUUCUUAGAUUCUCCUGAGUCUGAGUCUUCUGAGCCAACAUUUAUCUUGCUGUAUAAAUAGAAGGAUAGGGAGGGGAUUUUUUUUGUGUCGGCUCUAUUUACAGGUACAAACCCUGUUUAUCUUUGCCUCAAGAGUCUGUUUCCAUAGAGACAGCCGAGAAGCACACAAGAAUUCCCUCAAUUAUAAUGUCCUGUUUGCACCAAUAUACCCACUCAGUAGGCGACACAAGCUCUGACAACAGACAUAAACAGAUGAUAGUGAAUGAUAGCUGCCAGUCUUUCCCACAGGCAAAAAAACAAUUUCCUUUGAGUGAAUUCUGUUGUAUUAGGAGAGCAAUAAAGGGCCUAAUCUAAUAACACUGAAGGGACAAGGGCAAAGUUAUAAUCAGUUUUCAGGUCACUUAAUAAAACUCUCAACUGAGGUGAUUAAGUUCAAAUAGAUUUAUCAGCAGCAAUCAAGUUGUUUUCAAAUAUUUUCUACCUUUUUUGGAAACUGGAAAUAAAUAAACUAGCUGAGGAUGAAGCAAGACCCUGCAUUCACGCUGUCUAUUAACUCUGGUUUUCUUCUCUCUACAGUAAGUUAGACAUUGAAACUGACAGGACCAGCUGGGCUGUUCCUGAUAUGACGAGAUGUAAACGUCUUAUGAGCAUCUCAGAUCUGGAAAAUAUCACCGUCUCCACUGGUAAAAAGAUCAGACACAAAUAAAAAAUUGUAAAAUAAGACAAAGCGUUUUCCAAAAUCUCUUAAGGAUGAACAUUAAUCUUUCUUUGAAAUUGAUUUUGCCCUGUUUUAAAAAAAAAAACAGCAAAUAAUAGUGCUGUUAUCUAUUCCAGAUAAUGCUAAGGAGGUGGUGGACAUGAUCCAGGCCCUUGUAGACGAUCAGCUGGGAAACAGUUCAGAGAUGUCUUCUUCUGAUCUGGAUGCAGUGGUGGAGAAGCUUAAUGAAGUGGUCGAUGUCAGCGUUAUCAAACCUGAUGUUGGGGCUGAUAUCGUUUAUAUUGUUGCCGAUAUCCUGCUGUCCAAAACUAACAUCACUCCAGUGGCUAGCACGUAAGUAGAGGAAGAGAAUGAAGUGUUGAUCCCAGUAUAUGAGAAUUUAUACUUUCUUUGAAGUCUUGAAUUUCCAAAAUGACUUUCUCAUGAAUGCUAAUGUGAUUUUGUCUUUUGAAAUAGUGUCCUGAACCUCACAGAAAGAAUGGCUAAUGGUAUGGAUUUUGAAGACGAAUCUAUCAGUGUAACAGCACCCUCGCUCGCCCUGUCCAUGGUUAAUGUCGCUCCAAGUGAAUUUACUGGUCUCACAUUUGGUGUGUCCUCCAUUUCUCCUACCCAGAACCCAAAGGUGACACAAUAUAAACACUGUGAUAUGAAAUAAAAUAGGCAUACUCUUUUACUUCUCAGCUGUGAGCCAUGCAGUGUUUUUUUUCCUCAACUCUCUAUACAAGGUAGAUUUCCCUUGUGUCCUUGUGUGACUACAAAAUGCUGAAAGAGUGUGAAUACAAAGAUAUCGACGCCCUCCGCAGUCUGGUGCAUUAAGCUUGAACUAGAAAAGCUUAUACUCAGAACAUUUCAUUUGUCAUUUUCUUAUGACAAAUGAAAUUGGCCUUCAACUCGGAGGCCUUGUUUUUAACUGAGCUUUGUUUUUUGUGUUUUUAUUUACAUGUGCUGAUGUUCUGUGCCUUACGACUGUUUGUCAGCACUUUGUAAACUUCUGUUUUCAAAAGUGCUAUAAAAUAAAGUUUUUAUUAAAGUUAUUUUGUGUUAUAAGAUUUACAAAUGAUGAGAAAUACUUGGUUGUCUAUGGAGUGACCUUGUAGCACAGUGAUCAAGAUGUAUGCUUUCCCCUCCUCAGGUUUUUAUCAACCAGAGCUUUGUGAGUGAAGCCCUCCCUGGCUCAGAUGCAACUAUCUCUUUGCCCACCGCCCUGCAUGACCUUUUCCCUGGAGGUCUAAAAACCAGGAUUCAGUUUCAGUUCUAUGGCACUUCAGAACUGUUUCAGGUACUUCCAAUCAGAACUCCUUUGUGUCCAAGUUUCUAUUUAUUCUGUUAUUUUGCUCUACUGCAAAUUUGUAUUUCAGGCUGUGUAAUACUUAGAGACAUAACAUAUCCGUGGAAAGGUUUGAAGGAAUGGAAAAAAGCAUGUGUGCUGUCUUAUGUAAGAAAACCAGGCAGUUGCCAGGCAACUACAAGAUUACUUGUUUUUUACACUUGGGUAUGUGUAGAGGUUAAACAAACAUGAAAUCACAAGCUUGAGAGCGUUUUGGCCAGUCAGUGUGCUAAAUUAAUCCAACUGGGCUUUAACGUUAGAUUCAUAUCAGAUGUGCAGAUAUAACAGUGGUGACUUUAAACCUUUUAAAGAAUGCUUUUUCCAAGUAUUUCACUUUUAUUUGAAACUGAAAAAAAAAAAAAGUAUUUGAGCCACUGCCUAAAGCUAUUUGUACCAUUUGUACCUGAACUCCUCAACAUGCAUUUUGUUCACUUUGGUGUGUGGCCCCUUUGCAUUGUUGUAACAACUGAUUUAUUUUAAACAGGACCCAGAGAUCAACACUGGAGCAAGUGUGGCAGUCAAUUCAUAUAUAGUAUCUGCCAGCGUUAACAGCAGCCGUAUCAGCAACCUAACAGAUCCAGUGGUGGUCACUCUAAACCAUCAAAAACCCAAAAAGGUCAGAAAUAGCUACUUUACCUUAAUGGGUAUGAAGAGGAUACCUGGAUAUUAUAACCUUUAUCAUGUCCUUUAUUUAACAGCCAAAGGACAAGGUACGAUGUGUGUUCUGGGAUUUCCAGAAAAAUGGUGAGUUAGACAUUUAUUAUUGUACCUCAUGCAUUUAUAGUUAGUUUAAAACAGUGAUUGAGCUUCUUGUGUGCGUGUGUGUGUGUGUGUGUGUGUGUGUGUGUGUGUGUGUGUGUGUGUGUGUGUGUGUGUGUGUGUGUCAGCCGGACAGGGUGGUUGGAACAGCAGAGGUUGUGUAACCUGGAGUGUUUCCUCUAAUCGGACCAGCUGUCGGUGUAAUCACCUCACUCACUUUGCCGUGCUGCUGGUGAGUCUCUGGUUUGCUUUUUAUACAUGAAACUGGAGAAUAGAAAACACCCACAAAUACCAACGUAUUGUGUACAAUCUGGCCAUUUGCUAAAUGCUGGCAUCUCUUUCUGCCAAUGAUGCAAGAUGCUGAUGCAAAAGCCACAAUCUGUUGAUAUUUGAGGUAACAAUAAUUGUGUUGUGUUUCAACAGCUUGCAUUGCUGCAGGCCAAGGUCUUUUUUAUCUUCUUCUUUUUUUGUUCUGCCAGACGUGGGAGAUGCAAGGAAGUUCUUGUCUGUAGAGCUGAAUCAAUAAUAUGAUUUGUUCUGUUUAUUUUUGGUUUCAGGAUGUUUUCGAUGGCGAUCUUAGCAAAACCGACAGUCAGAUCCUGACUGUGAUUUCAUACCUUGGUUGCGGCAUAUCCUCUAUCUUUUUGGGCAUUACACUUCUCACCUACCUCGCUUUUGAGUGAGUCAUUUUAAGCUACACUAACAAACAUAUUCUUUUUUUAAAGGUUUAAAUUAUAGGGUCAACAUUUGCUGCAAUAAAAAAUAGCAAAGACAUACAGAUGUAUCAGCACAGGUUAAACAAACUCAAAUUAGCCAAUAGGAUGAAAAGAAGUCUUCAGUAAAAGAAGACAGUUUCUUGUUUGUAAUACAUUUUCCUUUGCAGGGGUGAGUCCAGGAGUUUAGUCUGGGGUGGCACCUGCCCACUCCAGGUGCCACCCCAGAAACUGCAACCUAUUUUGGGCAAUUUUUUUUUGUCAAUUUUUUUCUUAAUAAACUGCUUUUGAGUUUGCAUUGCCUUUAAUUGCAGCACACUAAUAUACACAGGAAAUUGAUAUCAAUAUGAUUUAUCAGUGGUUAUUGUUAAGGGUGAAACAGAAAUGCUAAACAAAUACCACCCCAGUAUAAAUCAGUUCCAUUUUGGGCCACCCAGUUCAAAAAUCUAGUCAUGCCUCUGUAUGAGAGUUGAAGUCAUGAAUGAAGCUACUCUGUCACCAAAUUUCUGUUAUCUCUGUCAUUAUAAGGAAGUUGCGCCGAGACUACCCGUCAAAGAUCCUCAUCAACCUGUCUGCUGCUCUGCUGGGGUUGAGCAUGCUCUUCUUACUUAAUUCCUGGCUCUCAUCCUUCUCCAACUACGGUCUAUGCAUUGCCACUGCUGCAUCUCUGCACUACUUCUUGCUGGCUUCUUUCACCUGGAUGGGUCUGGAGGCCGUGCACAUGUACUUUGCUCUGGUCAAGGUCUUCAACAUCUACGUUCCAUCCUACAUCCUCAAGUUCUGUGCAGCAGGUUGGGGUAAGACAUAGCCUUCACUGAUUGUCACUGCAGUAGUGCAGGUUCAUGAUCUGUUGGCUUUGAUCAGCUGUCUCAAAAAAGCAAUUGAGUGGUUGGGGAAGGGUAGCCCUAGGUAUAAGAAAUGAAGAAACUAGCAUGUUCAGAACUGUUGUUUUUUGUUUGUUUCAGGUGUGUAGUUGACUUCUUUAAAAGAGCCAAAUUGAUUUGUGUUCCUCUUUAAUGUCUUCAAAGGUAUUCCUCUGGUCGUAGUCAGCCUGGUGCUGGCCAUAGAUAAAGAUGCUUAUGGCACCGCUAGGCUGGAAAAGGCUCAAGUGGCACUUGAGUCGACUGAUCCAUUGUAAGUUAAAGCACAGGAUGAGUUGUCUCCAUCUUGGGAGUGAGUCAUUUAUCUACGAACAGAUGCAGUUGAAGGAUAAAUCAUCAUAUAAAUGACAUGAUGACAAACCAUCUUCCUUUUUUCCAGCUGCUGGCUGCAGAAUGACGUCUACUUCUUCGUGACAGUGGUGGCUUUUUUUCUUCUGAUCUUCUUAUUCAACAUCUCAAUGUUUAUCGUGGUUCUGAUCCAGAUCAGACAAACGAGGGUCAAUAAGCCGUCAGCAAGCAGUCGUACAUCUCUUCAAGAUCUGAGGGCUGUGGCCAGUCUUACUGUCCUGCUGGGCCUGACGUGGGCCAUGGGUUUUUUUUCAGGUGGUCCCGGAAGAGUGGUCAUGUUGUACCUGUUCUGCAUCUUCAACACUUUGCAGGGUAAAGAUAAGAUAUGAUAAGACAAGAUAAGAAAUAGUGGGGGUUGUGUAGUAAUGUAAUCCCAGCACAUGCAGUAUGUUUCCAUAUUUGUGUUAGUGUUUGAGUUGCUUUGCAUGCUUGCUCAUACUAAAGUGAAAUUACUGUGACAUCUAAUACAGUACCAUGCAAUAUGAUAAAGCCUUAUAAGAUACCGUAUGAUAAGAUAUAAAACAGUGUAGUAUUCAAUGCAAUACAGUAUGGGACAAUCCAAUAUGAUACAAUGCAAUAGAAUACAAAAUGAGAUGAUAUGAUAAAAAAGAUACAAAAAUAGGUCAUAUGAUACGACUCAGUAUGAUACCAUAUUAUAGUGUAAAAAAAGGGUAUGUUUAGCUUUAUUCAACAUUACAUUUCAGUGCAAUAUGAUACAACACAACAAUGCAUAAAAUAUCUAAGUAAAAAAUACGAAAAAUUCAAUAGUAGUAUGGAACUGUAGGAUAAGAUGUAGUAGGAAAAUAAACAUUAUAACCAGAUAUUAAAUCGGGUACAACUGGCUAUGUGAGACAACGUAUGCAACAUUAUGCUUCGUCUUGUCAUGUCAUGUUGCGCUGUGUUGCAUUACAAUGUGGUACAUUUCUUAGUGUGACAAUUAAACACAAUACAAUAUCAUAGUAUACAAUAAACAAGAAUACAACACAGUAGGAUAAAACAGUUAUAAUAAACUGCCAUUAAGUGAACAGUGGAGAGCAUAGACUACCACAAAAAAACAAGUAUUCUACUUUUUCUAAUAAAACACAAUACAACACACCACAUCAGGGAAAAUAGAUAGGACCGCCAUGACACUACUGCACAACCCGCAAAGAAUCAUUUGAAACAGUUCAGUUUAACCAUAUUUCUCAUUUAUUAUUUCCAGAAAAGAGAAGUGUAUUUUCAGUACAUCUUUUUUUUCUCCCCAGGCUUCUUUAUCUUCUUGUUUCACUGUUUGAUGAAGGAAAAUGUCAGGAAACAGUGGAGAAUCCACUUGUGCUGCGGACGUUUCAGACUUGGUGACCACUCAGGUACACAUUGUGAAGAAGGACACAGCUUGUACAGUAUGUGGAGAACAUGUCAAAGUAUAAAAGUAAAAUGGGACAUUCAGGUGACGUCUAUUUUUUCCCUGUGUUCAGACUGGAGCCGCUCUGUGACAGGAGGUGGCGGCCACAUCAAAAGAAACAUUCUUGUUAAUUCUGACUCAGUGGCCUCUGACGACACCACCACCAGGAAGGUGUCAGACUCCUCCUCUACAGGAUCAGCACCAAGCCGCCACCAGAGGGUGUGAGCGAAUCUCUGUGUCACACUGUAAAACUCUCCUCUCUAAGGGCCUGAUUAAAACAAGAAAAGAGACCUCAAACAAACCAGAUUUUCAAGUAGGGGCAAUGACUCCAUGGUUACCAAAAAGCCUUACAUGCACUGUCAUCUAACAGUUGAGUCAAGUGUGAUGAAAACUGCACUUUUCUUUUUCCAGACAUUAAGAAUCCCAAGGCUGUCAGUCUACAGUUUCCUGCCAAAGUUUCCUCCAUAGUUUUCACAGUUCUGUUAAAUUAUUCAUGCUUGGCUUGUAAAUGUUUUCAGCAAAGUUGUGAAUGUAUGUGAUGUUGCACAGAAUGUAAACUCAGGGUUAAAUGUGAUUUUACUCACAAUAUUCUCAAAUGGGCACACAGUAAAUGAGAGGAUUUUUUUUAUUUAAGAUAUAACACCAGCUGUCUGUGCUGCAGCUUUUGGAUUGCAGUUCGUUAUCUCUAUAUCCUCUGAAGUUCAACUUCCUGUAUAACCUUUGAUAGGAAC